AUGUCUGAAGGUGAACCCUUAACACCUGAAAAGCAAGGUUUUACGCAGCUUUCCAAACUGUUGCUUCGUGUUCUCGGACGUGAUAAGAAUAGUGUUAGACCACCUACUGAUGAACACUUAAUCAAUGCAGUUGGAAAGCAAGAAUCGUCAAAGUCAGGGCAAAAUAAUUUUGAAUUAAAACCUGAUUCUGUGCAGACUAGUGGUUGGCAAAGGGUGAAAGCUAUGUACACGAAAGAAGGUACUUAUGCUGAAAAGGAACUCACUGUUAGUGUUGGACGAGCAGCGUUUAUGGCCGGCGCUUUUUUUGGUGGACUACUGGGCUUCAAACGAUCAGCCGAGCGUUAUAACACUUAUAGCCAGGGGAAGAAAUUUUUGAGUCACGCUGAUGCUGUUAUGCGAAAGUGGGAUUAUGCAAUCCUUGUCUUUUUAAAGGACGGGCUCAAAGCUGGAAUCAAAUCAUGUUUUGUCGUUGGAAGCACAGUGUUUUUAAUUGGACAUCUUACUGUAUGGCGUAAUCAUUUUUCUGCAUGGUAUUUCCCAUUAAUAUCAGCGCAUGUUGUUAAGGUUUUGAAGAUAAAUCCGUUCUCAAAUUUUUUAGUACCUCUGAUCUCAGUAAUGGCAUUGCCGUAUGGUAGUCGUGCAGUUCUAGAAGGGUUUGGUCUUGCUAUGUCUACAGGGCUCUCCAUGACAGCGUUGGUAUACUUACUAGCGUGCGCUUGUGGAAAAUCUGUUGACAGAAUGUAUAAAGAUCUUAAAAUUCAAUACGAAGGUGAGGCUAGAUUAAAAAGAGAACGUGCAAUCCAAAUUGAGAAAAUUAUGAAAGAAAACAAAUUUAUUUUUCGUGGUGAUGCUUGGAAGAUGUUGAGGAAACAGGAGGCGGAACGUUUAAAAAAUUCUGUGAAAAAUGAACUAGGCAGUGAAGAAAAAGGCAGUGAAGUUGUUAGUUCAACUGUGGAUGUCACUUGA